UCCAUCUAGGAGGUCGUCAGGAACUAGACUCUCGGUUUCGGCAUAGUUUCUUUCAUUUCCAGCAGGUGGCGAUACGCGAGAGAGAAUUUUCUCGAUUGCGGCGGCGGCGGACGCAGUGGAAAAUGGCGUCGUGCUCGCGUCCGGUCGCUCGAAAAGAACGCCGUCAAUCGCGCGAUUCCGCUGCUUCGGCAACGGAUUUUUUUGAUGAACCGAGCAGCGAAGAGUCUGAAGACGACUUCGGCAGCUCCGAUUUUAUUUCGGACUCCGAUUCGGAUGAUGAUGAGCCACGGACUUCAUCUAGUAGCCGAAGGGUCUCAACAAGCUACGGCAAUGAUCUGCUGCCGCCAGCGCAGAAGCGGAUUGAGUUUUCGCCGCGACGGGAACCUGGCGUGUACUUGGACGCAGAAGUGGGCGUGGCGCUCAGAAGCGGAUCAAAGAAAUUCUUGACUGCUCUGGACUUCUUUCUUCUUUUUUUCUCGAUGAAUGUGAUCGAAACAAUUUGUGACAACACGAACAGGUAUGCUUGGACUCACAUUUUGGAAAAACCAACGCAUGCUUGUUCCGAUGGAUCUUGGGAAGAAGUCACCCCAAGUGAAAUGCUAAAGUUUAUCGGACUCGUAAUUUACAUGGGCGUUGUGAAGGUUCCUCGGCUGAAGCUGUAUUGGAACGUAGGAGAUCUGUACAGCGGUCUGCUCCCACCACGGAUCAUGCGGCGACGCCGGUUCAUAGCUCUACUCGCAAUGUUGCAAGUUGCAGACUUGGACGAUGUCACUCAAAGUUCAAGAGGAAAGCUCCGAUACAUGUGGUGGCUCCUGCAACACAUGAACGAAGUGUCAGCGAAUCUUUUCCAGCCACAUCGCGAUCUUUCCGUGGAUGAGCGCAUGGUGAAAUCGAAAGGGCGGUCAGGCAUCCGACAGUAUAUCAAAGAUAAAGUAACAAAAUGGGGCUACAAGCUGUGGGUCCUAGCUGACCCUGGCACCGGAUAUACUGUGCAGUUUAGUGUGUAUACCGGUAAGCGUGAGCAGCCAGGGCCCCAUGGCUUAGCUUUCGACGUAGUUUGCCAGCUGUGUCACAGAUAUCUUGAUCAGGGCUACAGGAUCUUUAUGGACAAUUUUUACACUUCUACUAGCCUGUUCAGUCAUCUUCUCAGCCGAAAAACAUUGGCUUGCGGAACCACACGCAAGGAUCGCCGAGGAUUUCCUGCCGAACUGAAGGAUGCACGGUGGGAAAAAAAAGCUCGACGUGGCGACAUUCGAUGGUUGCGCGAUCAGAACAUCCUGUACCUUCAGUGGAAAGACCGGCGUGUUGUCAACAUGAUGAGCACGGUUCAUACUGCAAAUGACACGGUCACCGCAAAAAGAAGGGAAAGAAGGCAAAACUCCUGGACUCAGAUAUCUAUAACAAAGCCUCUGCUGAUCCAUGAUUAUAAUGCUGGCAUGCUAGGCGUAGAUAAAUCGGAUCAAAUGAUUGGAUAUUAUAAUGUUCUCAUGAGAAGCGUACGGUGGUGGAAGACUCUGUUCUUCCACUGCAUUGAUAUUGCAUGUGUGAACAGUUUCGUACUCUUCCAAGCUCACCGCACAUUGCACCCAGAGAUUCCUGAGCUGGCACGGACUGCCGGGUUUGACCACCUAGCUUUUAGAGAAGAGCUCAUUCGGCAGCUUCUGAAUCUUGACGGUGCCAAGCAAGCACACACGCCUCCACCACCCGUCGCAAAACAUGCACUCCACAAGCCGGAAAAAGUGGCAAAACGCAGAAACUGCAAGCUGUGCUAUGAGCAGAAGAAAAUCGAGCUCAAAACUAAUGUCUUUUGAAGCACAUGCCAAGUUCACUUGUGUUUUACGACUGCCCGGAACUGCUUCGUCGAGUGGCACAAGAACCGUGGGACCUGAGUGGCUGACCACUGGUGCAAGCUAGAUUUCACACAAAAAAAAGACAGUUGUAGAUACGCGUGCCAAAUUUUCACAAGCAAGAAAGGAGGCAUUGUAGCACAUUUUGUAUAUCUUGAAUUUUUUUUAUUAUGUUUUUCCACUUGUAUAUCCAUGACUUUUCCAACUUUUUUAUGUUGUUCUUUCAGCAAAUCUUGAAUUUGAGAUUUUUUUAAAAAUAUUAUAUAUCACUUUUAAGUCUAACCUUUCUGUAUGCAUGAAAGACCAUCUAAUUAGCUACAUUUUGAUAAACAUUGCAGCAAUAUAGCGUAAUGACUAUUCGUAAUAAAAAA